AUGCAGCCCAAACUUCUGAUCCUGCUGGGCCUGGCCAUCUUCUUCCCGUCGGGGAUCAAAGGCUCCGACGUGGAGGCGGAGAACGAACCGUCUGCCCCUGGCCGUGCCGUCUACAGCCCUACACUCCCGGGUCCUGUAACGCUCCUGCCCGAAGAAAGCAAGACCACAGCUGUGGGUCUCCCCAGCACAGCCAGCAAAAUGGCAACGGCCACUGAAAUCCUGGACUCCAUACUGCGCAACUACGACCACAGGCUGCGCCCCGGCAUUGGCGAGAGGCCCACUGAGGUCACUGUCAGUCUCGCCGUCAACACCCUGGGACCCAUCUCUAUCAUGGACAUGGAAUACAACAUCGACAUCACCUUCUGCCAGACCUGGUACGACGAGCGCCUCCGUUACAAUGGCAGUGUCGACAGCUUCGUGCUUUCUGGCAACUUGGUGAGCCAGCUGUGGGUCCCAGACACCUUCUUCAGAAAUUCGAAGCGUGUCUACGAGCAGCUGUUCGCCGUGCCCAGCCAGAUGGUCCGCAUCCACAGGGAUGGCAGGGUCUUGUACACGAUCAGGAUGGGCAUUGAUGCCGGGUGUGCACUGCACAUGUUCAAAUACCCGCUGGACUCUCACACUUGCCCUCUGUCUUUCUCGAGCUUCUCCUACCCUGAGGAUGAGAUGGUCUAUAAGUGGGAUGAUUUCGAGCUUGAGAUCACUGAGGAGAACUCGUGGAAGCUGUUCCAGUUUGACUUCACAGGUGUGAGCAACAAGACCGAGACCCUCACCACCAUCUCUGGUGACUACAUAGUCCUGACGCUGUUCUUCAACGUGACCCGGCACUUCGGCUAUGUGGCCUUCCAGAACUACGUCCCUUCCUCCGUGACCACCAUGCUGUCCUGGGUCUCCUUCUGGAUCAAGAAGGACUCUGCUCCUGCCCGGACCUCUCUAGGGAUCACCUCUGUCCUCACCAUGACUACUUUGGGCUCCUUCACCCGGAAGCAUUUCCCCCGCGUCUCUUACAUCACUGCCUUGGAUUUCUACAUCGCCGUCUGCUUCGUCUUCUGCUUUUGCGCGCUGAUGGAGUUCGCUGUGCUCAACUUCCUCACCUACAACCACACAAGAUCCCGCCGCGCGCCGAAGCUGCGCCAUUCUCGCAGCCUCACCCGCGCCCGCGCCGCCAGCCGUGCCCGUGCCCGUGCCCUGCAGCAGGAAGCCUUUGUGUGCCAGGUGGAAGAGUCAGUGGAGGAAGAGGAGGAGCAGGAGCAGCUGUCCUGCCCUGCCCAGCAGUCGCUGGGCCUGGGGAGCACCCAGCGCGCCCGCGGCUGCUGCAAGUGGUACCAGAAGUACCUGUGCAGGGUCCCCUGCUGCCAGGGCGGCCUGUGGCAGAAGGGCCGCCUGUACAUCCACGUGUACCGCCUGGAUAACUACUCGCGCGUGCUUUUCCCCGUGACCUUCUUCUUCUUCAAUGUGCUCUACUGGCUCGUCUGUCUUAACUUAUAGGUGCCGGCUGGCACC